AUGAAUGUUGUAGCUUAUAAUUUGAGGAGGUGUGGUUCUGUGUUGAAACGAAAGCAUUUCAGUCAGUUGAUUAAAAAGGAGAAAUUUGAUCUUUGUCUGGUUCAAGAAUCUAAGUUACAGAUGGUUGAUGAGAAAGUGGUUUUUGAGUUAUGGGGAGGAUCUGAUGUGGAGUGGUGUUUUAGAGCUUCGGAUGGGAGAUCUGGGGGUUUGAUUACCUGUUGGCGUCACGGGUUAUUUGUUUUGAAUUUCAGUUUUGUGUGGGAAGGUUUUCUUGGGUUGAAUGUUCUGUGGAAAGGUGUUAAUAUUUAUGUAAUAAAUGUAUAUGCUGCUUGUUCCCUUAAAAAAAAGAGGCGUUUUUGGAGUGAAUUGCUGAGUUUUAAGGAGAAAUUUCCGGAGGGUGAAUGGUGUUUAGGAGGGAAUUUUAAUGCGAUUAAAUUCGAGGAAGAAAGAAGGGGCUGUUCGAGGACUAUUAAUUAUACAGAGAUGGAGGAGUUUAAUGGCUUUAUUAAUAGUAUGGAUAUUGUGGAUGUGGGGACAGUUGGUAGGAAUUUCUCUUGGUUUAGUUUUGAUGGAGCUUGUUGUAGUCGCAUUGAUCGUUUUUUAAUGUCCGAUGGCUUAUUGGAUCUUUGGAAAGUGGAAUUCCAGGUUAUUGGUAGUAGGGAGCUUUCGGAUCAUUGUCCCAUUUGGUUCGAAGGUAAUGUGCGUAAUUGGGGUCCUAAGCCGUUUAAAUUUUUUAACGCGUGGACAAAACAUGUUGAUUUUUUUUCUUUUGUUGAGAACGUUUGGCGUGUUGCUCCUAACAAUAAGAGGUCGAUUUAUGCGUUCAAAGAAAAAUUGAAAUUUCUCCGUAGUAAACUUCGGUUGUGGAAUGUGGAGGUUUUCGGUUUUUUGGAUUUUCAAGAAGAGAUGGCUUUCAAAGACUUAAAUGCCUUGGAUUUUGUGAUGUUGGGUGAUAAUCCAGUGGAUAUUGAUUCCUUGGCUUUAAAUCGUUCGUUGGCUUCCAAGAAAGUGUGGGAGGUGGUGUGUCAUAAGGAGAGUUUUUUACGCCAAAAGGCGCGGGCUCUUUGGUUAAAGGAAGGUGAUUCUAAUUCUCGUUUCUUCCAUAAUGUUGUUAAAAGUCGCACAAGGAGGAAUUCUCUUGGUGGAUUGAAUGGGAUCAAUGGGUGGACUCAUGAUGUGGGGGUUGUCAAGGAAGAAGCUAGAAGGCAUUUUGAAAGUAGAUUUUCUGAAAGUAACUUCUCAAGGCCGGUGUUAGAAGGGGUUUAUUUUUCUGUCUUAUCUUUGAUUGAUUCUUUAAAUCUUGAGGGGGUUUUUUUGGAGGAGGAAAUGAAGGAUGUUAUUUGGAGUUCCGAUGGUGAUAAGAGUUCGAGGCUAGAUGGCUUUAAUAUGGGAUUUUAUAAGGUGCUUGUUAAUAGAUUGAAGAAGGUGAUUGGAAAGUUAGUUUCGAAUUGUCAAUCAGCUUUCGUGGCGGGAAGGAAUAUGUUGGAUGGAGUGGUGGUUGUUAAUGAAAUUUUGGAUUUGGCAAAAAGGAAUAAUAAUGGGGUGUAUGAUGGUGAAAGUUGA